UUUAGAUCAAUCAAUCAAUGUCAAUAAAAUCCAAACAUCUAAACGGAUUUUGAUUCCUGAAUGUUUGAAACAUAAUUAUACUGUUUCUAUCCUUGGAAAAUAUAAUUUACAUUAGUUACAACCACUAGUAAAUUGAUAUCUAUCUAUAGACUCCACAAAUAUGCCAGUAAAUACAAUAUAUUCUAUUUUGUUGAAAAAAGAAAAUGCUCACGAUGACCCAAUUUAUUGCUGUACAUGGGCCAAAAUAAACUUUUCGGGAGAUUCCGCGGUUCCUUCAAAGGACUUCAUAGUGACUGGAGGGUUGGAUUGCUUAGUGAAAGUGUGGACCCUACAGAAUGACAGGCUGCAACUAAUUCACACAUUAAAAGGACAUAGGAUGGCAGUGGUGUCCGUAGCUGUUAGUCCAACUGCACCAAUAAUAGCAAGUUCAUCACUGGACUCGAGCCUAAUAUUUUGGGACUUAGGUACAGGGAAGAUGUUGACAGAGAUACCGACAGGAGCUAGCGAUGUUUGGAAGAUGGCCUUUUCAGGGGACGGGGAACAUCUAUGCACAGGCGGACAUACUGGCAAGGUUCAUAUAUAUGGAGUGAAGAGUGGUACUUUAGAUAAAGUACUGGAUACUAGGGGAAAAUUCAUAUUGAGUGUUGCCUGUAGUGGAAACUCCAAAUACAUUGCGACGGGCGCGGAAGACGGCGUCCUGUGCAUAUUGGACGUGACACAAGCCAAGGUGGUACACACGGUACAGGCGCACACGAAGCCUAUACGAAACCUCGCCUUCUCGCCGUGCAACAAGCGACUAGCCACCGUCUCCAACGAUGGCUUCGCCAGGCUGUAUGAUGUAGCUAGCGCAGGUCUGCAGUACUCGUUGAAUCUCAAGUGCUGGGCCGUCGGCAUAUGUUUCUCUGGCGACGGCACGCGCAUAGCGACGGCGGCCGCCGACGGCACCGUGCGCGUCCUGCUCACAGAGGGACUGAUUGUGCUCAACACUUUCCAGGAACAUACGGAUAUGGUGUGGGGUGUAAACUUCAACAGCAACAAUAAGAGGCUGGUGUCUGUGUCCAAAGACAGUUGUAUCAACAUCUACGAAUGCCCGCCAUUGCCGCCAAAGACUGAGAAAAAAGAGGCUACACUCGUAAAAUAAUUAUAAUUAAUCUAUAUGUAAUUCUCUCUAUAUUGUAAAGAGGAAACAUUUGAUUGUUUGUUUGCAUUGGAUAGACUAACCACUGAAUCAAGCCUGGCUUUCCUUGUGGGGAUUGAUUAGGAUAGUUUUAUCCCGAUAUUCCUGCACAAUAGGGAAUGAAUCAAAUAGAUCAGAGAACAGCCACUUGCUUAGAGAAGGUUUGAGCAUUAAUCACCACGCUUGCUCAAUGCUCAAUAACUCAAAAGAAUCUAAUACCGCGCAGGUGAAACUGUGGACGAAAAGCCUAUCCAAUGUAGUAUUAUUUUAGUGUCAUUUUAUGUAUUACCUAAUUAGGUAACACUUAUCUUUUUUAUGUAUCUAUCUACAAGUAUUGGUGUAACAUGUCAGUAAAGGAUUGAUUUUCAAUUACUCUUUAUUAGCGUAAAAACGUAUAGAACCUGAAUAAUUGUCUGCUCGUUAUAACUUUAAUAUCUGUAGAUAUAGUAAUUUUUAAACAGCUUCUAAGUAUAAAGUAUAAUGUAAUAGGUAAUCGUAUUGUAUCUUUUUUAUUGUUCCUCGUAUUCUUUUUGUUAAACAACGACUUAUUUAAUAAAAUUAUGUAUGUUAGUAAGUAUUUAACGGAAAUACAUAAAUACAUGUCGAAGUA